CACGUGUCAGCUAUUAGUUUCUUAAUUUUUCUUUUCUUUUUAUGUCAGUCCACUUUUGGUUUAGGGCUUUUCCAAACCUGUAAACUUUGAUCUCUAAAUUGUUCAAAAUUCUCGCGCGCAAAAUGGAUGCUGAAGGGCAAAGAGGGUCUUCAAAUCCAGCUGCAAUGCUUGCAAAUCUUUUAAGCAAAAGAGCCAAGCUGCAUGAUGAGCUUCGUAUUAUCGAAAAACAGGUUUAUGAUUUGGAGACAAGUUAUUUGCAGGAUCCGGGGCAGUGUGGCAAUGUAUUGAAAGGUUUCGAAGGGUUUCUAUCUUCAUCUAAGAACACUGCACUCUUAAAGCGGUCUAGGAAGUUCCAGCCUGAAGAUAGGCUCUUCUCAUUGUCUUCAGUCACCUCACCAGCAGCUGAAGAACAGGCAGCUGGACGAGAUGAAGGGCGGUCAGAAUAUGGUGUAGGUCGAUCCAAGGGUGGAGGCAUAUAUGCAAACGGACAAGGAAAGCCAAAGAAGGGAAGAGGUGCAUCAAGAGAUACUAAAAGAACAAGGCCUUCAGCUGAUCCAGAUUUUGACUACGAUGAUGAUGCAGAUUUGACAUUGUGAAAAAUUGUUGCGUAAGAUGAUAUGCUAGUUGGCCAUUACAUGGUCUAGAUCCUAGAUCAGAAUUCUCCACAGAACCUCGCAUCCUUUGUGAGUAGUUCAAGCAGACAAACCCACUUGUACUGUAAUGCUUUGUUACAAAUGAUCUACAUCCUAGAGCUGAAUUAACAAACCCACUUGCUCUAUAAUGCGUUGUUACAUUGUCUAAAUCCUAGAGCUGAAUUCCCUGGUA